AUGACACUGCACGCAAAGAGUAUCGACAUCCCCGGGACGCCAAAGGCCUACUAUGCUCCAGCAGUCGCUUCCACAGCUGGAAGUAUAAUCCAAAUCUCCGGUCAAGUCGGGACGACGGCAAACGGCAAAGCACCAGCGUCUUACGAGUCUCAAAUCCAUCUAGCCUUGCUCAACCUGCGCAAAGUGCUGGCUGCUGCCGGAGCUCGUGUGACGGACAUCGCAAAACUCACCGUCUACAUUGUCAACUACGACCCAAAACGCCGCCUUCACACAAAACACAUCCAAAAAUUGUUAGGAUCCCACCGUCCUGCUAUGACGUUGGUGCCAGUUGUCCAGCUUGCUAUGCCGGAGUGGUUGUUCGAAAUUGAUGCUGUAGUAGCACCCAGCGAUCCAGUGCCCCAACCGUUGGCAGCGCCUUUAUUCGACGUUGGCUUUCAAAGUUGGUUCGACGUAGUCGUAGUAGGAGCGGGCCUCAGUGGCCUGACGGCUGCCCAGCAAGUCAUUGAUUCGGGACGAACUUGUUGCGUCCUGGAAGCCCGUGACCGUGUUGGCGGAAAAACAUGGAGCCAGCCCAGUAAGAGCGGUGACGGUGACGCAAUCAUCGACCUUGGUGCAGCUUGGAUCAAUGAUUCAAAUCAGAGCUGUAUGAUUGCUCUUGCUCGAAAGUUUGAGAUAGACUUGAUCGAGCAGAACACCACCGGAAAUGCCGCGUUUCAGGACUUUAAUGGUUCCUGCAGUUCUUUUCCUUAUGGUGAACUUCCAAGAUUCGAUACCACCACUAAAAAUCACCUAGCCGAAGUCCGGGGUAUGGUCGAAGCCGACUGCCAAAAAGUCGACACACGCAGCCCAAAAGAUUCAGAUCUUGAUUCCCUAACAUUUGAUGCGUACUUGAGACGGAACAACGCAAGCGAUACAGCUAUUGCAACCGCCACUGUUUGGACUCGCGCCAUGCUUGGACAUGAGCCCACGGAUAUCUCUGCUCUGUACUUUUUGAAUUACUGCAAGUCAGGUGGUGGCUUACUCCAGAUGCGAUCUGACAGGAAGCAUGGGGCGCAAUUCCUUCGCUGUCGCCAAGGCACGCAGAUGUUCAGCAAAGGUCUGGCCAAAUCACUCCCAAAGGACACGAUUCGACUUUCAACGCCGGUCCAGUCUUUCCAUCAAGUCUCCGGUGGGAUCAAGGUCAAGACUACAACAGACACAGUUUAUGCGCGAAAAGUCAUCGUAUCUGUCCCCACACCAGUCCUGAAAACCAUUACCUUCGAACCGCCGUUGCCACUGGCGAAAACAGUCUUGACGGAUUCGUUCGCUUAUGGCUACUACACCAAAGUCAUGAUGAUCUUCAAGACGCCCUUCUGGGUUGAGAAAGGCUUCUGUGGCCUGGCUCAGUCUUUCUGUGGUCCGGCAUCCGUGAUCCGCGAUACUAGCAUCCCCCAAGACAAGAAGUGGGUCCUUACCUGCUUCUUGGCUGGUGAACCGGGCCGAGAAUGGUCUCAGCUUCCUUCUGAACAGCAAGAGAAAGCCUUGUUGAAGCAGAUCGGCGCCCUUUUUGCGGACCAAGGAACAGCCACUCGGGAAUUUGUAGAGGCCAUGGGCCACGAAUGGUCCACCGAGCAGUAUUCUGGUUGGGGUUGCCCUUGUCCAGCGCUACCACCGGGUGUGCUUGACACAGUUGGACAUGAGCUGCGAGAGCCUGUGGGAAAUAUCCACUUUGUUGGGACGGAGACGGCGGACGAGUGGAAAGGAUACAUGGAAGGCGCUGUCCGAAGUGGCAAGCGGGGAGCGAAUGAAGUUUUGAAGGAUCUUUCACACCACGGCACGGUGUGCCGAGCCCCGCUCAGAGCUGAGUGA